UUACUAAACAACAGCAACACUAACAACGCCUUGUCCACAAGUAUCCAUCAUUCUGGGAGGCUGACCAGCAAUUUUUCUUUUAGCCCUCUCCCUACCAAACGCCCAACUGAUAUAAGUAUCGUCUCUUUCUGUGUAUCUCGUGUUAUUGUAUUAUCCAGAGAUGCGCCCUCGGCAAUCGGCAUUGCGUAUUGUUUCCUCUUCCAAGGCCGACAUCUCUCUCUGAGAGAGGCAUAUUCUUCCUCUUCUUUUGUCAGGCGAUUCGUUAAGAAAUGAGAGACAGAAUGGAAAGGUUUGUCCUCCUUCCAUUUGCUGUCGGCUGUAUGUCUGAAUCAAGUGUCGCCAUAGCUACCCAGAAUCGUCAGCGAUCGAAGAAUGUCGACUCCCCACCAUUAAGGACUGAUCAGGAAGCGACAGAUCGAGACCAGGAGGAAGAAGGGAGCUUGUCGGAUGAAAGUACGAAAAGCUCCUUCAGCUUGAUGGCUCUUCCGAAGCCCAACAUAUCGACCGGCAUUCAAAGGCUAAUCAAAGGCUUCAGAAGCAUCUCUCACUUAUUCGUGUAUAAGGAGGAGGACAUGGAAGAGGAGGAGAUGGAGAUAGAAAUAGGACUCCCAACAAAUGUGAAGCAUGUGACCCACAUUGGAUGGGAUGGAUGUGCAGCCCUCAACCCCAUCAAGGGCUGGGAAUGUCUCGUCCCUCCCGAUCACAAGCCGCUCCACCCUCCCGACGAGCAAGAUCAGCUGUUUCCCUCGUCUGCCGAUGCUUCUUUAGCACAGUCUGAGCAUUCCAGAUCGAUUGCAUAGGCGAGAACUGCUCCUCUUUGCGUGGAUGAUACUGAUGAAUUAUGUUUGGUGUCAAUUCAAACCUUUCUCCGUAUUUAAUUUGUAUAAAGUGAAAACUGUAUCCCAGAUAAAGCUUGAAUCAUAGGUAAAAUAUGAUGUAUAGCAUUACCAUUGGUUUGGUGAA